AUGAGUGUUGUGAAAUUAGCAUCACCCUCGUCGACACGUAUCGGUUUUAUCGGUAUCGGUGUAAUGGGUACUUCAAUGGCUGGCCAUUUAAUCAAAGCAGGUUAUAAACUCAAUGUAUUCACACGUACAGCAUCUAAAGCUGAUUCACUCGUGUCAUUGGGUGCGUCAUUUUUCAAAACACCACGUGAAGUUGCACAACAAUCCGAUGUUGUUAUUUCGAUUGUUGGUUAUCCAAAGGAUGUUGAAGAAGUAUUACUUAAUGAAAAAACAGGUGUACUUCCUGGUUUUGAACCAGGUAAAAUAUCUAUUGAUAUGACAACGUCAAAGCCAUCGUUAGCAGCACGAAUUUAUGAAGAAUUCAAGAAACGUGGUGCAUAUGCACUGGAUGCUCCUGUAUCAGGCGGUGAUAUUGGUGCUCGAAAUGCUACACUUUCCAUCAUGGUGGGUGGUGAUCAAGAAGUUUUCGAUGCCUGUUUACCAAUCUUCAAUGUGAUGGGUAAAAACGUUCGAUUAAUGGGUAAAGCAGGCUACGGUCAACAUACAAAGAUGGCCAACCAAAUAGCGAUUUCGUCCGGUAUGAUUGCUAUGUGUGAAUCAUUGCUCUAUGCCCAACGCGUUGGCCUUGACUGUGAAAGUGUUAUACAAGUGUUAAGUUCCGGUGCAGCUCAAACAUUUUCAAUGUCAAAUUAUGGUCCACGCAUACUUAAACGUACAUUUGAUCCUGGUUUUUAUGUUGAACACUUUAUCAAAGACUUAGGAAUCGCAUUAGAAGAAGCUAGUCGAAUGGGUCUUGUUUUGCCUGGUUUGAUACAAACCAAAAUGCUCUAUGAUAUAUUAGCUGCUGAUGGUAAAGAAAAACUUGGCACUCAUGCCUUAAUCAAGCAGCGAAAGGAAAGCAUCAUAAAUGCAUGCAAAGAAUACAUGAUUUUUACUACCGUGAAUAAAUCAUACAAGUAG